AUGCCGUAUACCACCACCCCUCCAUCGCACCCACACGCCUGGGCAGCAGCAUCAUCACCACCCACGUUCUAUCCUCAUCCGAAUCGGUCUCGUUGCCGUUACGACGUAGUUGUAGUCGGCCGGGUGCAGCAGGAGGGUAGUUCUCCGCUCGUCCUAAAUUUACGAAACGCGAACGUCCCAGACCAGGGGUUACUGACCAUCGCUUUGCCCUCCUUUCCUACUGCCAUCAUUUAUGUCAUGAGCAAAUGGGUAUUAUUUGUUAUUCGUGCGAAAAAGAAAUAA